AUGGUAACCUUACUUCCUUCUCUUUUACUCAGAUCUUGAAUUACCUUCAGCCUUCCCCGAUGACCUUUCUUCUAAUGAAGACAUCUCUUUUCAAGAUGGCUCACCUCUUAAAACACUAACCUCCAAUGAUAACCUGGACAUUGAGAAGGAUCUCUGUGAACGUCUGCGACAGGAUUCAUCGAUGUAUUCCGCCGACAGUGACACUAACACCCUCUCGACUGUUGAUCAUUUAGAAGAUGAUGAAGGCAGUGUUUCAGAGACUGCCAUUAGCACCACAACCAGCACAUCGAAAGAUAGCGUCACUUUCAGCAGACUGCGGAAACGUUCUGUAUUAAACAUUAUUAAGCAGGAUAGCAAAGCUGAGUUCCGCAAUGUACCACGUUUGAAUCAGGAACAAUUCAUUCAGCUGUGGAAAACUUUGUAUGAUAUGUUUGCUAACCAUCCAGAAGAGCAACAACUGUAUCAUUCCAUUGCAAAUGUUGGCACUCUUUUACUGGAAAUUGGAGAAGUUGGCAAGAAGUUCUACCUAAAGACUGGUGAAGGUGAAGACUGCACCUCUGAAUCUGAUGAAACACUAAGUGAAAAUAGCGCUCUUGUUGCCGAUGACAACCGCACCAGCCUCUCAACAUCCACUGCAACAGUUGACUCGGUUUUACACACCUCCUCUGAGAACAACUCUGAGCUUGCUAAAGAGGAGAAACCAUUAGACAAUACCACCAUUUCUUCUGGCAACACUACGUCUGUGGACAGUGGAACUGGUGGGGUUGAUGACAAGUUAGAUGAUACUUCACCAAGGCCAAGGCAGAUCUCAGAGACAAGUGAUGCAUCAAGCAAACCAGACUCUGACUGGCUGAUAACAUUUGAGCAGUUUUUAGCCUCCAUGUUGACAGAACCCCCUGUGGUGAAGUAUUUUGAACAGAACAUAAAUGUCAGCUCCCUAGUUCAGACAUUACGAAACCGGCGCCUUGCACGCCACACCAGUGUUGCCCCUUCAAAGGGAACCAAAUAAAUAAACGACUCUUCUUCGCUCUUCUUUUUCUUCAUCCCCCAAUUCUCUCUAUCUCUCUCUCUCUCUCUCUCUCUCUCUCUCACACACAUUCUGUUUGUUAGAUCAUGCAUGCUCGAUGCAUCAAGUACAGUGCAUGACAUAAUAAAUAAUAAGUAUGAUUCA